AGUCUGUAGGCAGGUCACAUGACCAAUGAAAGUGCGAUGUUCCCUUCAAGACAGAGAAGUGCUCAGAAUGCUGUACCCACUCAAUUUCAAGGAGCACGAGCGUAUGCAAGUGUUUCUAAAGCUGAUAUCAUUCCUCGCUAAUGGAUACCUGAUACGACUUGUAUCCAAUGAGGUGCUAGGAGUGGUGUACAUAAGACUCUACCUGCUGUACGCCACUAUACAAAUACUCUCCCGGGAACCGCUCAGAAAAGUGUGUCUCGCCAAGCAUCCCCCUGAACAGUGGCCUCAACUAGUGUCUCUCAUCUGGAUUAGCAUUCCUUUCAGUGCGAUGCUCGGCUGCAGCCUGACUCUACUAUGGGUCCUAGUGCUGGAGACCCCAGAUCUACCGCAUUACACCGCAGGAUGUGUCAUUUUCGCGGUUUGUGCGGUUAUGGAGUUGUUCGCUGAACCGCCUCAUGUUUAUCUCCUUAACAAACAUUUCGUUCGGAGUCCUAUAAUAGUAGAAGCGGUGGCAAGUCUCUUACAAACCCUGAUAACAGUAGCAGUGGCUCACUAUUCAUCUUCUUUGGUACCUUUUAUCGUUGGUGCAGUUGUGUACAGCGUACUGUAUGUGAUGGUGUACUGGAUAAUAUACAGAAUUAAGAGGAGUAAAGAUGAUCUCAUGUUUUACGGAUUGAGUAAAAUAUCAGUAUCUCCUGAACAUGCUAGCUUAACGAUAAGCUUCUUAAAACAGACAGUCUUGAAGCAAGUUUUGACAAUGGGGGAAGACUAUGUGAUGACGUUCCUAUCAGUAGUUACUUUUGCACAGCAAGGGGUGUUCAGCACAGUGUCCAGACUAGCAGCUAUUGUAAUACGAGUAGGUUUCAAACACGUGGAAGAUAGUUACUAUCUGUUCUUUGCUCAGAUGCUCCGGAGAGGACUCCCACCGGAUCAGCAGGGAAGAGACGCAUUGAAGACAUGUAAAGAGACGCUAGGGAACCUACUGAGAUUCAACGCUCUAUUUGGACUUGUAGUGACUGUGUACGGACUGUCCUACGCAAGACUGGCACUCCUUAUCUACGGAGGACAGAGUCUCGCCUCCUCAGAUGGGCCCUGGUUGUUACAGUGGCAUUGUCCGUACAUUGCAGUUUGUGGGAUUAACGGAGUCUCUGAGUGUUUCUACUUUGCAACCAUGUCUCAGAUGGAAGUUGAGAACUACAACCUAAAACUGCUCCCCUUCUCCGCCUGCUUCCUCAUUCUAUCAGUUGUUCUGUCUUACUUGUUCGGAACAGUGGGUUUCAUCCUCGCCAAUAUCGGCAACAUGGCUAUCCGCAUAUUCUUUAGCUUGAGGUACACAGCUCAGUAUUUUGGAGGGCUAGACACAUUGUACCGUACCCUGCCCAACAUUCCCCAGCUUAUGAUAAUAGCAGUGUGUGGCUGUACCGCUCUUCUUUCUAAACUUGUGUUAGAGUCCACUGAAUCUCCCCUCGGUUACCUGUGUCACAUUAUCAUCGGAGGGCUGAGCUUUGUUUUGGUACUUCUGACUUUGUGGGAAUGUGAAGAUCUCAGUUUCAAAUCCUUCCUCAAAUCACUUAACCCAAUCAAAAUGAGAACUAAAACUGAAUAGUUGGUUUAUUGUUUUGUACUGAUGAUAAUAAUUAUUGACUAAUAUUAAAUUGUUUUGUCAUGGAUAAAAUUCCAUUUCUAUUACUUGAUAAUUUAAGUAUUUGUUUUUGAGUUGUUGGUAAACAAUUUGUUAAGAUGUUUGAUAAACAUUUUUUAGUAUUUAUGGUAAAGUUUGAAUUCAUGAUAACAUUUUUUAAUUUUAUUGAGAGAAAGUUGUGUAAAUUAAGUUUGUAUGGAUGGAAUAAAGUUUUAUAAUGUUAAGGUAAUACCAACAAUCGAGAAGGGAAGGCGAUCAAUAUUAUUUAACUUUUUUAUUAAUGUAUUAGAGGGAAAUAGUGUGGUGAUUAAUUCGAUUUAAUUGUUUUCAAGUUAAAAACAUAUUUGGGCCUUUUUUGCUGUUGAAUGUUGAUAGAUACGAAAUGUUUGACUAUGAUAAUUAUAUCAAACAAUGUUUUGUACAAAACGAGAA